AGUGUCAAAAUAUCAACAGCGGCCGUCAAACUUCACAGCAGUCUUAUUAACGCGAUUAACCUCUUUUGUCAUUGCUCAGCGUUAUUUCCUCUGUAGCGUGAAAGUUCUUGUAUCAUUAGGAAAUGUGCUCGAAGGUGAUACGUAGUGCUAAGGAGUUUUUUAGUACUCUUCGAUCCUUCCAGGAUGAGGAAAGCAAUGAUCCAUGUAUUUUUAAGGAGGACCUUCAAUUCUUGAAGAUAAAUGGAGACAAAAUUCCUGUGCUGGAUAUGUUAUGUGGCAACCGACCAGUCUUCAUCUGUGAAAAAGCUGUUCCAAAGAUAAAUGAAUGUGAUGAUCAGCAAAUGACUGAGACAUCAUCCUGCACUGAUGAUGGUGCUGAUGUUGAUGACACCAAUCCACUUAAGACAGAAGUGGGACCGCAACCGCUCACAGUCAUGAAAGCAAGGCAGUUGCUGUCUUGGUAUACAUUAUCUCAAAAUGCUAAUGUGUCAGCUCUGGACAACAACCCUGCAUUAAUCCCUCUGUGGGUUCGGUGUGACAUGUCUGAUCCAGCUGGAACAACCUGGUUAGGAGCUGAAACAAUCUGCACUGGCAGUAAAGUGUCUGGUGUGAAAUUAUACUCUGUGACCUGCAAAGGCUCAACUUCAGACAAAAGCUCCCUUGUAACCUUGGAAGAGCUUAAACAGGAGCACAAGAAAAGGCAUUAUCUCUCCUCAGUGGCAAUCAAGGGCAGUGCACGGUUCAGCUUGUUUGGCUCCACUGUUGUUGAAAACACCACCAUUGAGUCACAGAGUAGUGUGACAGUGGAUUUCAAAUGGAGCCAUGUGGAGAGUAUCCUUGAGACUCCACCCCUGUCCUCCACAGCAAACCUGAACAUUAAAAUUGCCAGUGGGGACAUGAGGAGUCCAAUGUACGAGAUGUACAGGGAGCUGGAGUUUCUCCAGACCCUCGCCGAUGGUUUGAGAACUGGUGAAACUGAAUGGAUGGAACCUUUGGAAAGUACAUCAGCUGUGAAUCUGACCAAGGCCUUUAUAGAAGAGCUUCAAAACACUGCAAAGACACUACAGGAGCAGGCUGCAAAACCAGCAGAGACCACAAAGCUAAAGACAGAGACAGAAACUCCCAUUUACAACUCUCUCUUGGAACGAGGGGAUUUGGAUUUUGUGGAGCAGCUGUGGGUCCGGAUGAGAAAGAGUGUUACUUCAUACCAAGACAUCGGAGACUGCCUGAAAUUGGUCAUUGAAGCUCUCAGAUAUGGCGAUAUCAAACCUUGGAUUCACAGAGACAGUAGCAGCUCCCUCAGUAAGCUCAUCCUGCAGUCCUACCACCAGCAGAUCGAUCAUGUGUCACUCACAGGUGUCGUCCCUGUCCACAUGUUGCUAGAGAUGGGUCUGGACAAGAUGAGAAAGGAUUACAUUAACUACCUCAUUGGUGAAGAAUUGACAACUCUUAACCAUUUGUGUUACUACCUGAGCACAGAGGUUGAUCUGCAGGAGCAAGUGAUCCGACUCAGAAAACUGCACCACCUGCUGGAAAUAAUUCUAACCUGCAGUACUUUCUUGGGAUUGCCUUAUGACCGGCUCUUCCUCCUUACACAAUCAUGUUUGCAGCACUAUAAAACCCACCCCUAUGAUGAGGAACAUGAAUUCAAACUGCCAAUCAAACCGGCGCUGAUCAGCCAUUUCUACCAGAAAGAGCACCCUGUGUUGUGGGGCAUUGAGGUGUCCAGUGGCAGUGGUUCCCGUGAAGUCAGGACAUCUUUAGCACUCAGCGACAGACCGCUGGUCGAUCAUGUCAUAUUUGACACAGAAUACCCAAAUGAAACGGUGAAUGGGGACAGUGAGGAGCCUGCUUUUUUCUCCACCAUGGUGUGUUGUAGUCUCGUCAGCUUUGCAUAAAUAUGUACACAAAGAAGAGUUGGACAACAAAGGAGGUGUUUAUUGUCUUUUUUGGAUAUUGUCAUCAGCAUAUGCAUUUCUAUUUUGCCAACAGAACAAACCUAAUGGUCUGACUCUGGAGUGUACAUGAUCACUAUCUGGUUUCCUAUUCAUAUACAGUCGUUCUGUCAAUAUUUGAAAUAGCUUUAUGUUUACUGUUUAUAUGUUCUGUAACACUCAAUAGAUUUCCAAUCUAUUUUUUGCAACCUCCUAGUUAAAACAUAUUGAAGAAAACAAAGUACAGUAGAUAACGAGGGCUGUUUUGCAAUGGUAUUAUUCCACAGCAAUAUUUCAAUGAAAAAAAUCCAGCAUGUUGCAGGGUCAUCCACACUGUUUGACUGUCUGUUAUUAAAGUCAUUAUAAUAGGCUAAUCCAAUGUUUUACAGCAGAAAACUGUAUGCACAUCAAAAUAAGGAAGUCAAAAAUUCUCUUGGAAGUUCAGAUCAAAUAUUGUACUUAUGUUCACACAUGAUCUAUUAAAGUAAUAAUUAUGCAUUUACA